AUGUUGUUCAUGCUGACUCAUUUCCAGGAGGAAGCUGAGCGAAUAUACAAUAAUGGGCAGAAGGCCGUUGUGCCAGCUGGAAACGCCGGCCGGCAAACCGGCGCAGGAAUAUAUGUACUCCGGGGCUUUCGCCAGUGGAACCGUGAAGUAUCGACCAUGUGGGACUGCGCUAUGACAAUAGACAGCGAUGUAUGGAAUGGCUGGAACAAAAUAUGGCUUCCGCGUUUUUUCGAAUUUCCCGAAGACAAAGAGAAGGAUCCACAGACAUGCAAGCCGAGAGACUUGUACGGGAUGAAGGUAAUUCAAAAAGCUGACGGCUUUCAUGACUCAGAGAAAGACCGCGCACGGUUUCUUCAGUACCUAGACCCGUCCUAUACCGUUGACAACACCGUGAUAUUCUCCGACGUGGUGAGCCACAACGACAAAGCUCAGUGCUAUAUUCCUGAUGGUCUGGUUAAGACGAAUCAGAUAUGGUUGACGCCGUGUACUGAGCGGUUGGCAAAGGAUAGCGAACGUCUUGGCGUGGAAUUUGGCACCGCGGAAUGGGAUUUGACAUCGCUGCCGGGCUGGGGUCUCGGAGUUGAACUGCCACAGUGA